AGCUGGACUCCUUGCUUGCUCUCUGGGCUAGACUCUGUAGAAAGGAGACACGGGGAGCAAGGACACAGGCACAGGCACAUUUCAAAGAGGAAGCAUCCUUUAUCAUUCAUAUUUCAAAAUCACACAAGGAAGCAGACGGAGGCCUGAGUGUCGGUCCAGCAGCUAUAGAUCCAUAAAACACCGCACUGCCUCGACCCCAAGGGAGGAGAUCUUUGAGGGGCUACGAGGCCAGCCAGGUUGGGAGCAACAGAGAAUUCUGGGAAAGACGUGAGCAUAAGAUGCUGGGAGUCAAAGAGGACGCCACCAGCCCAGAUGUGCAGCAUCAAAGGUUCAGGCAGUUCUGCUACUGGGAAGCCGAGGGGCCCCGAGAGGUUUGCAGCCAACUCCACACACUUUGCUGCCGGUGGCUGAAGCCGGAAAGGCACACCAAGAAGCAGAUCAUAGACCUGGUGGUCCUGGAGUGGUUCCUGACCAUCCUGCCUGCGGAGAUGGAGAGCUGGGUCAGAGAAUGCAGAGCGGAGACCACUUCCCAGGCGGUGGCUCUGGCAGAAGGUUUCCUCCUGAGCCGGGCAGAGGAGCAGAAGCCGGAAGAGCAGCAGAUGCAAGGCCUGCUGUCAGAAGCGGCCCCUGGUUUCUCCAAGGCCAAGAAGCCGCCAUCAGACAUGAGGCAGAGGCUGCCGUCCAGCAGGAUCUCACAGGAGGGUGAUGGAGGUGCUGGCUUGCUAGGUGCUGGAACGGAGAUGCCCAUGCUUGAUUGGCCAUCUUUUCUUUCUGGUGGAGCAGAAGAAGUUUCAAGAGGACGGGAUCAGGUGACCUUUGAGGAAGUGGCCGUGCAUUUCACGGAGGAGGAAUGGGCGCUGCUGGAUCCGGCCCAAAGAGCCCUGCACAGAGAAGUCAUGGAGGAGAACGCUGGGAAUCUGGCCUCUCUGGCAGGUGAGAGUUGGAAGGAUGAGGGGAAACCCAGCAGAGGAAUUUGGGGAGGUACAAGAUGGGAAAAGAGGGAACAACAGAAACAAAAAACAAGAGCAAAACAGAAAAACAGGAAAGGAUCAACCCCUUCUCAUCAUGCAAUCCAACAAAGAAUGCAGAAAAAGAGAGAGAGGAGACUGUGCCCUCCUCAAAGGAAAAGCUCCAGUUCAGAACGAGGCUCUCAACCUCAGUGGGAAAUGAAUUCAGGGGAUAAACCAUAUAAAUGCUUGGAGUGUGGAAAGAGCUUCAGCCAGAGUGGACAUCUUAAUCUACACCAGAGAAACCACGCUGGGGAAAAACCACAUAAAUGCCUGGAGUGUGGAAAGAGCUUCAGCACAAAUAGAAUGCUUACUGUACACCAUAGAACCCACACUGGGGAGAAACCACAUACAUGCUUGGAGUGUGGAAAGAGCUUCAACCAGAGAGGACAUCUUAUUAUACACCACAGAAUCCACACUGGGGAGAAACCACAUAAAUGCUUCGAGUGUGGAAAGAGCUUCACCCGGAGAGAACAACUUGCAAAACAUCAUAGAAAACACACCGGGGAGAAACCAUAUAAAUGCUUGGAGUGUGGGAAGAGCUUCGGCCAGAGUGGACAUUUUAAUCUACACCAGAGAAACCACACUGGGGAAAAACCACAUAAAUGCCUGGAGUGUGGAAAAAGCUUCAGCACAAAUAGAAUGCUUACUGUACACCAUAGAACCCACACUGGGGAGAAACCACAUAAAUGCUUGGAGUGUGGAAAGAGCUUCAAGCAGAGAGGAAAUCUUAUUAUUCACCAUAGAACCCACACUGGGGAGAAACCACAUAGAUGCUUUGAGUGUGGAAGGAGCUUCAGCCGGAGUGGAGAACUUACAAUACAUCAUAGAAAGCACACUGGGGAGAAACCACAUGAAUGUUUGGAGUGUGGAAAGAGCUUCAGCCGGAGUGGAGAACUUACAAUACAUCAUAGAAAGCACACUGGGGAGAAACCAUAUGAAUGUUUGGAGUGUGGAAGGAGCUUCAGCCGGAGUGGAGCUCUUACUAGGCAUAAUAGAAUCCACACUGGGGAGAAACCACAUAAAUGCUUUGAGUGUGGAAAGAGCUUCAGCCGGAGAGAAGAACUUGCAAAACAUCAUAGAAAGCACACCGGGGAGAAACCUUGUGGAAUUUGGGUGCCGACAAUCUCCGUCCCUCAAAAUGGAGAACUUUUUUGGAGCUGCCUUUCAGCAGGGAUUAUUUAUUUAUUUUAUUUAUUAAAGAUAGAAAAGGAAGACUCGGCUGGCCGAGAAGCAGGAGGAAAAGACCCCGAGGCCAGCCAGGGUGGGAGCAGCAGGGAAUUCUGGGAAAGAGCUGAGCAGAAGAUGCUGGGAGUGGAAGAGGACGCCACCAGCCCAGGUGUGCAGCAUCAAAGGUUCAGGCAGCUCUGCAACCGGGAGGCCGAGGGGCCCCGAGAGGUUUGCAGCCAACUCCACAGGCUUUGCUGCCGGUGGCUGAAGCCAGAAAGGCACACCAAGAAGCAGAUCAUAGACCUGGUGGUGCUGGAGCAGUUCCUGACCAUCCUGCCCGCAGAGAUGGAGAGCUGGGUCAGAGAAUGCGGAGCGGAGACCACUUCCCAGGCGGUGGCUCUGGCCGAAGGUUUCCUCCUGAGCUGGGCAGAGGACCAGAAGCCGGAAGAGCAGCAGAUGCAAAACCUGCUGUCAGAAGCGGCCCCUGAUUCCCCUGAGGCAGAGGAGGCUCCAUCGGACACCAGGCAGGGGCUGCCGUCCAGCAGGAUCUCACAGGAGGGUGAUGGAGAUGUUAGCAUGAAACUGCCCAGGCGUCCUCAUUCAUCUCUUCUUUCUGAUGGAGCAGAAGAAGCUUCAGGACGACGGGAUCAGGUGACCUUUGAGGAAGUGGCUGUGCGUUUCACGGAGGAGGAGUGGGCGCUGCUGGAUCCGGCCCAAAGAGCCCUGCACAGAGAAAUCAUGGAGGAGAACGCUGGGAAUCUGGCCUCUCUGGCAGGUGAGAGUUGGAAGGAUGAGGGGAAACCCAGCAGAGGAAUUUGGGGAGGUACAAGAUGGGAAAAGAGGGAACAACAGAAACAAAAAACAAGAGCAAAACAGAAAAACAGGAAAGGAUCAACCCCUUCUCAUCAUGCAAUCCAACAAAGAAUGCAGAAAAAGAGAGAGAGGAGACUGUGCCCUCCUCAAAGGAAAAGCUCCAGUUCAGAACCAGGCUCUCAACCUCAGUGGGAAAUGAAUUCAGGGGAUAAACCAUAUAAAUGCAUGGAGUGUGGGAAGAGCUUCAGCCAGAGUGGACAUUUUAAUCUACACCAGAGAAACCACACUGGGGAAAAACCACAUAAAUGCCUGGAGUGUGGAAAGAGCUUCAGCACAAAUAGAAUGCUUACUGUACACCAUAGAACCCACACUGGGGAGAAACCACAUACAUGCUUGGAGUGUGGAAAGAGCUUCAACCAGAGAGGACAUCUUAUUAUACACCACAGAAUCCACACUGGGGAGAAACCACAUAAAUGCUUCGAGUGUGGAAGGAGCUUCAGCCGGAGAGAAGAACUUGUAAAACAUCAUAGAAAGCACACCGGGGAGAAACCAUAUAAAUGCUUGGAGUGUGGGAAGAGCUUCGGCCAGAGUGGACAUUUUAAUCUACACCAGAGAAACCACACUGGGGAAAAACCACAUAAAUGCCUGGAGUGUGGAAAAAGCUUCAGCACAAAUAGAAUGCUUACUGUACACCAUAGAACCCACACUGGGGAGAAACCACAUAAAUGCUUGGAGUGUGGAAAGAGCUUCAAGCAGAGAGGAAAUCUUAUUAUACACCAUAGAACCCACACUGGGGAGAAACCACAUAAAUGCUUUGAGUGUGGAAGGAGCUUCAGCCGGAGUGGAGAACUUACAAUACAUCAUAGAAAGCACACUGGGGAGAAACCACAUGAAUGUUUGGACUGUGGAAAGAGCUUCAGCCGGAGUGGAGAACUUACAAUACAUCAUAGAAAGCACACUGGGGAGAAACCAUAUGAAUGUUUGGAGUGUGGAAGGAGCUUCAGCAGGAGUGGAGCUCUUACUAGGCAUAAUAGAAUCCACACUGGGGAGAAACCACAUAAAUGCUUCGAGUGUGGAAAGAGCUUCAGCCGGAGAGAAGAACUUGUAAAACAUCAUAGAAAGCACACCGGGGAGAAACCUUAAAAAUGCUUGGAGAGCUUCAGUGUAGAAAUCAUACACAUGAAACUGUAGAGCAGCCUGAGAAUCUUCCUCAUUUUGUGAACCCUUGUGUGAUUUCUGCUUUUUAUUUGACUUGCUUCCCACUGAGGCGAUUGGUGUUCAUACAGGCGCUUUUGUAUCUGUGUUAUUGGUUAGAGUGCUGGACUAGGACCGGGGAGACCCGAGUUCAAAUCCCCAUUCAGCCACGAUACUUGCUGGGUGACUCUGGGCCAGUCACACCUACUUCACAGGGUUGUUGUGAGGAGGUUAGUAGCCUAACCUCACAUUAACAAACAUAAGUGCCUGAAGCAAACUUCCAUUACGUUUCUACAUACUAAAAGUUCAUCGUAUUGAUUUUAUAAGCCUUAUUAGCUUUGUGUAAAGAAUAUAUAUAUACACACACAAGUGUAUGAUGUACAGUACAUUUUAGUUCUUAUCUUCCUUUUUAUUGUUUCUAAUAUGAAACUCCUGCUUUCAAAAUGUACCAUGUAAAUAUAAAUCUGUCAUCACAAUGAGGCAGUUUUACAUGCUUUGGAGUUCUUGAAUUGCAAGAUUUGUAUAACUAAAAUAUUAGAUCUAAGUAAAAGUCUAUGAGGAAGAAGCCGUACUGCAAGAACCAGGCAAGAACCCACUUGUUAAAAAUACUGUGUGUGAUGAUGAUGAUGAUGAUGAUGAUGAUGAUGAUGAUGAUGCUUCUCUUGUGGUGGCCGGGGGUGGGACAACAAGGCCUUUAGGUCCCGGCUCCAGAAUUACCUAGGUGCACCUCUGCAUAAGAGACACCAGCAACAGCCACUGCAGAGAUGCUGUGCUGGGGCUGGGUGAUAAAGAGAAUGACCACUUUUAAAAGGUGCCUCUUUGCUCAGUUAGCAGGGGAUGGGAUUACGUAUCCAACACCCAGAGUCCAAAAGUUGAGGGUUCUCCAGGGAAUCCAUGAACAGGCCUGCUGUCCAUCUUAGGUGUGGGUCUGACUCUCCCUGAUACAGGUUUGAGCAGAGCCUAAUACGCACACAACACUUCUCCCCAUCUGUGGUGCUGAGACUCGAAUUGGGGAUUCAGAGAAUUGAAGCCAGGGCAUGGAUCUCGAUCUUAGUUUAUUGGCUUAAGAUCAACUUUCCCCCUCAAGGCUGUAUCUCUCUGGUCCUGGCUGAUGGAUUUCAGUCAUCUUGGAUGCAAGCUGUCGAGAAUAAAAUCUCAGCCUUGGGCCUUUCUCAAGAUUACCUUUUUUGUUAAGUUAUAACCAGGCUGUACAGGGGUUGAAACAAAGCAUUUUGGACAUAGAAUAUCAGAAUGGCCUUAAUCUUAUUUCUGACUAUAUCAGGAGGAGACUUGAUUCCCUGUUUGGAGGUUCGUGAACAACAACUUUUAAAAAGGGGGGGGAAACACCAUUCAUAACACAGUGCUAAAAACAAUAUAAAAGCAAUUCAAAAACAAUUAAAACCAUUUAAAACCAAUUAAAAUAUUUUUUAAAAACAACAGCACUUUACAAGCCUUCUAAGGCCAGGCCAAACAAAUAGGUUUUUAGGGCUCUCUUAAAGACCGACAGCGAGCCUGUAUUUGUAUCAAGAGAUUUCUCAAAAUGGAAAGUUAAAACAUUCAAUGCAGCUUCAAAAACCAUUGUAGUUGUGGCAUAUAGGGAAACAUAGCCGGUGAGGAUAUAUAACCAUGCUAAGAUGAAAUCAGUUGCUUGACAUAAGCUAUGCCAUAUUGCUGGAACAUGCUAUAGGACCUUUUACCCUCUGGGUAGUUGUUUUUCACUUAUUUAGCAAAAAUCAUAUUUAGCAUGGGAACCCACAAGUGCUGAGGAAGCAAGGUAAGACUGGCCCAGACCGGCCAACUGCUUGCACGCAUAUUUUGUAGCCUCUUCCCAAAAAAACAGGAACUUUGGCUGACCACGAGUUAUGGCAUAUAGCUGCUUUUCUUGUGUAACUGUUUUCUUAAGAAUAACUCAAGAAUGUAGAAAUGUGUUGCCUUGUUGUUGAGUCCCUGUCCUGCUUUGAGCACAAGCCAAAUAGCACCUUUGCUACUGAAGGGCAAAUAAAAACUUGAUCUUAA